UUUUAUUCCGGCUGACUCGACAUUAGCACCCCAAAUCGCCUUAUGGUUAAGACUUCAACGGGUUUUCGAUGUCUGUGGGAAUUUGUUUCGUCAAAAGCACUAAGAGAUAAGGCACGAGGACCUGAACGGAUUUCUCACCGUGAAUAUUUUGUCACGUCUGACGAUAACAGUCUUUCCUAGUAUCAACCUGAAUAUAUAGGUACUUCGUACCCCCGGUGAGUUGCCUCUCGCUAGAAGGUCCUGUGAUACAAGUGUUGUUGCUGUCCUGUGACGGAUUUAUCCUCUCAGCUGUUGUGCGUAAGGAGGAAAGGAAGCAAAGAUGCCAAAACCGAUCAAUGUCCGUGUGACCACCAUGGAUGCAGAGCUGGAGUUUGCCAUCCAACCUAAUACCACAGGAAAACAGCUUUUUGACCAGGUGGUGAAGACAGUGGGACUGCGGGAGGUCUGGUUCUUUGGACUACAGUAUGUGGACAGUAAGGGCUACAGCACUUGGCUCAAACUCAAUAAGAAGGUGACCCAGCAGGAUGUGAAGAAAGAGAACCCAUUGCAGUUUAAGUUCAGAGCCAAGUUCUUCCCUGAGGAUGUCUCAGAGGAACUAAUCCAGGAGAUCACACAGAGACUCUUCUUCCUGCAGGUGAAAGAGGCCAUCUUGAACGAUGAGAACUACUGUCCCCCAGAGACAGCUGUGCUUCUGGCGUCAUACUCUGUCCAGGCCAAGUAUGGAGACUACAACAAAGAUGUCCACAAGCCUGGGUAUCUUACCCAUGACAGACUGCUGCCUCAGAGAGUCCUGGAGCAGCACAAGCUGACCAAGGAGCAGUGGGAGGACAGGAUUCAGACUUGGCACGAAGAACACCGAGGAAUGCUCCGAGAGGACUCUAUGAUGGAAUAUCUUAAAAUCGCCCAGGACUUGGAGAUGUACGGAGUCAACUACUUUGAAAUUAAAAACAAGAAGGGCACACAGCUGUGGCUGGGGGUGGAUGCCCUUGGCCUCAACAUCUACGAACACGAAGACAAGUUAACCCCAAAGAUUGGCUUCCCCUGGAGUGAGAUUCGAAACAUCUCUUUCAAUGACAAGAAGUUUGUAAUCAAACCUAUCGACAAGAAAGCACCUGACUUUGUGUUUUAUGCCCCUCGGCUGCGCAUCAACAAGCGUAUCCUGGCAUUGUGUAUGGGUAACCACGAGUUGUACAUGAGGAGGAGAAAGCCCGACACCAUCGAGGUGCAGCAGAUGAAAGCUCAGGCCCGCGAGGAAAAGCACCACAAACAGAUGGAGAGGGCUCAGCUAGAGAAUGAGAAGAAGAAGCGAGAGUAUGCAGAGAAAGAGAAGGAGAGGAUAGAGCGGGAAAAAGACGAGCUCAUGGAGAGGCUGAGACAGAUUGAAGAUCAGACGAUGAGAGCUCAGAAAGAACUUGAGGAACAGACUCGCCGGGCCCUGGAGUUGGAGCAGGAGAGAAAGAGAGCAAGGGAGGAGGCCGAGAGGCUGGAGAGAGAGAGGCAAACGGCUGAGGAGGCCAAGGCAGAACUGGCCAAACAGGCCGCAGACCAGCAGAAGACCCAGGAACAACUGCAAGGUCUCUAUUUAAUCCCGGCUGCUGAACUGGCUGAAUUUACAGCCAAGAUCGCUCUCCUGGAAGAAGCCAAGAGGAAGAAUGAUGGGCACAGAUGGCAGCAUAAGGCUCUGUUAGCCCAGGAUGACCUUGAGAAGACCAAGGAGGAGUUGAAGUCUGCAAUGACUGUGGUGCCGGCGCCUCUGAGCGGCCAUGCUGAGAGUGAGCAUGAUGAGCAGGAUGAAAACCAUGCGGAAGCCAGUGCCGAGCUCUCCAAUGAAGGCGUCAGCCAGUUAGACCUUCGCAGUGAAGAGGCGCGCGUCACUGAAGCCCAGAAGAACGAGCGGGUCAAGAAACAGCUGCAGACAUUAAGCUCAGAGUUGGCCGAUGCCAGAGAUGAAACCAAGAAGACACAGAAUGAUGUGCUACACGCGGAGAACGUGAAAGCAGGCCGAGACAAAUACAAAACACUGCGCCAGAUUCGACAGGGCAACACAAAGCAGCGCAUCGAUGAGUUUGAGUCCAUGUGAGAACAGCACCGCUGUCCCCUCGCCCCUCUUUCCCUGAGGGGUACCUGCUCCUGAACCUUUCCCUCAGCGGCUGCUCAUUUUCAUGGACAACAGAUGCUGCCAUCCUUGUAGUCCCACCAUGUCCCCCUCAACACCCCCAGGCAAUCUUGAGAAAUCAUCUUGUCAAACUUUGCCAAAGUCCUGCCCCACGUCUCCUAUCUGAAAGUUACAGAUGCCUGUGCGCCAAUCUGAACAAGCAAAUAUCAUCGUACUGCAGAGAUCAUCUGUAAUCCUUAAACACAGGGGAAAAGAGAAACUGUUAAAACCAAAAUGGAAGCAAUUAGAUUUUUUUUUGUGGAGAAAACAUGGCCAUAGAAAGCUAAUGUUGUUUUUUUUGUUUAGACGACUUGUAUGCAAUAGUUGAGUAUGAUCCCAUGUCUUCAGUUAAAGAUCCUCCUUGUUUUUAACUUGGUUCCCCUCUAACCCUUACCUGCUUUAGUUUGACUUGUUUUAUUGAUGAUACCCUUCUUUUUAGUUGUCUCUUGAACACAUUUAGCUGCAGGCUAUGAAUAAAGAAUGGAGUUUGGGGAUAAGAAUUUUAAUUCAGCGUCCAAGCGCUGCUUAUGUUGCAUCAUAUCAAAACAUAUCAUAAGCCAUGAUAAUACUCAUAGCAUCUGAGUCAUGAUAGAGCGGAGCUAAGGUCAUUUCACUCUAUUCAGUCAAUUGAAACUGUUAAUGUGGCAUCAAUAGGUUUAUAUAUUUAAAAAAAAAAAAGCACAGCAAUAUUUGAAUAAUUUAAUUCCAGGCUCAAUAUCCAGAAUAGCAGUAAAUGAAUUGACUUUUGUACGGAAAAGAGCCACCCAACUUGUGACAUGGCAGGUUUUGAUCAACGAGUGUAGCAAAGGUAACAAAGGGAAAGUGUUGUUUUUUUUCACGCAGAGGUGAUAGGAUAGCAUGUAAUGAGCUUGUGCCAGAGAGCUAUCACCCACAAGCUUACAACUGUUAGAACAUAAGCUAAUUUGUGUGUUUGUGUGGGGUUGCAUCCCAGUGUUUCAUUCCCAGUCACCAUAGAUGGUUUUCUCUGCCUACCAGCUCACAAAGGAAGCCACGGUAUGAAAUGGACAGACAGAGGAACGGAGAGCUGAGUACUAUGUCCAAGGUGUUUGUCCGUCUGUCCAACCGUGCGUGCGUGCGUGCGUGCGUGUGUGUGUGUGUGUAAGAGAAAGUAUAUCCACGUGUGCAGAUGUAGAAGCUGAGACCUGGCACCUCUCUGGCUGGGGAGCUUAUGAAAACAUCAGUCCUCGACCCAGGACGAAUCUCUACCUCAGUAAUGUUAGCAGUGGUGACUGACAGUCAAACGCUAAGGGUGCACCCCCUCCUCCCUCUCAAUAAGGUCAGGAUGUUACUUGGUUGCCUUCACAUCGUUGUGUGGUGCUCCUGGGCAGGCUACAUUUUGUCAGCCGCUUUGUGGUCUCAAGAGAACCGAAUGGGGGGCUAUGUAAAACACAACUCCUUAUUGAGAACAAGGUUGAGCUAGUUUUACACAACGGUCUCUCCUUGCUCCUGACCUUGCUCAGAUGGUUUGGUUCAUUGUCAUUUUGUCCUGGGGGGAAUCCCAAACAAUGAGGAAGGGAAAACAAAUAAUGUUGCAGAUAUCAGACUUAAAAUGUACUUUAGGAUAAAGCUAAUUUCCAGAAUAAAUAGGGUAAUUUAGUCAUUACCUGACAGGGUCCUGGGAAUCAUUUGGUUCUAAGUUGUUGGAGGUGACAGACUGGGUCUACAGAGCUGCUGGGACUCGAGACCUUGUUUUAAAAGAAGGCUGUCCCCUGUAUUAUAUUUAAUUCCCUUUAAUGUCUGCACAGAAAUUUCUUCUUUGUUACAAUUUCACUUCAAGGAGACAGUUUGCAGACCUGCAAUGGAUCAUGGGACUGAGAGACUUGUGAAUACAUAAAGAGAUGUUAUUAGUAGUUCUUAAUGUAAAGGGACCUGUCUAUUGAAAAUUGUGCAAGUCUCUUGAAUCAAACCGAGAGUAGGCCAAUUUCUUCCCCUAAAAUCUUAUUAUAAAUUCCCAUCUGAUAUUGUUCUUGCUCAAACAAACUAACCCCAUCUUUUGUGGGGUGGAAAAUAUGUUCCAAGGUGCAUUUUUGACCCAAGUAAAAAUAAAGUUUUCUUUUUUUUAUUAACAAUAUGAUGAAAGAUGUUUGUGGUAUUAUUUGUUACGCAUUACUUGACAGCUGGUUAUUUUUUUAAUAGUCAAGAGUUUUAAAGGUAAAGCACUUGUAAGCAACAAGACACUGCAGCCUGCCUUUUGUGUUUAACUUCAGUGUCCAUUGUUGGCGUAUUGUUUGCCAUAGCGGGUGAAAGAAUUCUGUGCUUCCAGCUCAUAUUUUUGUAUUGUUCAAAGUCCCUAAACCGGCAGCAUGCAUCGCUAUACUGACCAGCUUCAUUGGAGGGGAAAACUAUUGUUGACACAUCCACACCCUCACCCCCCCCUUCAAGCUGUAAGGCUUCAGUUAGUUUAUUUUCACAGCAGCAUGUCAUUGGCCCGCCUGCCCCCUCCAAUGAAGCCAGUGUCUGUGAUGACGCCUGCUCUGGCACCAGCUGUCACAUUUUGCCGUUUGUUUUUUCCUUAUGUUCAUGUAUUCUUUAAGAUAGAAGGCACAGAUGGAUUGCAAUUAAUUUCAUUAGUUCACAAAUAAAAGUUUUAAAUUUUGA